AUGCCCCGGCGCGCGCCCUGGAGCGCGCCACCCGCCGUGCUGCUGCUGCUGCUGCUGCUGCUGAGCGGCCUCCCGCGCGCGCGGGCCUGCCCGCACCCCUGCGCCUGCUACGUGCCCAGCGAGGUCCACUGCACCUUCCGCUCGCUGGCUUCGGUGCCCGCUGGGAUUUCCAGACACGUGGAGAGGAUUAAUCUGGGGUUCAACAGCAUCCAGGCUCUGUCGGAAACCUCCUUCGCCGGCCUGGCCAAGUUGGAGCUGCUGCUCAUGCACGGAAACGAGAUCCCGAACAUCCCCGACGGCGCCUUGCGGGACCUCAGCUCUCUGCAGGUUCUCAAGUUCAGCUACAACAAACUGAGGGUGAUCACGAAGCAGACGCUGCAGGGGCUGACCAGCCUCCUGCGGCUGCAUCUGGACCACAACAGGCUCGAGUUCAUCCACCCGCAGGCCUUCGAGGGCCUGACGGGCCUCCGGCUGCUGCACCUGGAAGGCAACCAGCUGCGCCAGCUGCACCCCGGGACCUUCUCCACCUUCACCUUCCUGGAUUACUUCCGGCUCUCCACCGUGCGGCACCUGUACCUGGCGGACAACCAGCUGAGCGCGCUGCCCCGCGGGAUGCUGGACGGCAUGCCGCUGCUCGAGAACCUCUUCCUGCACGGGAACCCGUGGGUGUGCGACUGCAGCCUGGACUGGUUCUCCCGCUGGGAGGCCGGCUCCAAAGGGACCCUCAAGUGCAAGAAGGACAAGUCCUACGAGGGCGGCCAGCUGUGCGCCACCUGCUCCAGCCCCCGCAAGCUGCAGGGCCGCGAGCUGCACGGGCUGGGGGCCCUGCCGUGCCUGAAGCCCGCCAUCACGUCCCCUCUGCGGCACAACCAUAGCGCAGAGAGCGCGGAGGACCUGGACAGCGAGGAGGAGGACCCGGACCCGCCCGCGCCGCGGGGUUCCCUGCGCCCCAGCUGGAACAUCUCUCUCAACAUGACGGACGAGCACGGGAACAGCGUGGCGCUGCUGUGCGCCAUCCAGGAGCCCGCGGGCGUGCGCGCCGUCCAGCUGAACCUCACGGACGCUCAGGAGCUGGAGCUCAACGCCACGGUGGCCCUGGACAUCGAGUGUCCAAUGACGCGGGAAAACUAUGAGAAGCUGUGGAAGCUCAUCGCCUACUACAGCGACGUCCCGCUGCAGCUCCAGCGCGAGCAGUCGCUGGGCGGCGCGGACGCGGCCCUCGGCUACCACUACCGGCAGGACCCCGACGCCGACGCGCUCUACUACACCGGCGUGCGCGCGCGCGUCCUGGCGCAGCCCGCGUGGGUCCUGCAGCCGCGCAUGGACAUCCAGCUGGACCGGCGCCAGAGCUCGGCUACCACGGUGCGUCUGUCCUACCAAGCCCGGCACGCGGCCACGCUGUCCCCCAAGGACGCCCGGCGCGCGCGCGCCCGCAGCUGGGUGAUGAUAGAGCCGAGCGCGCAGGUGCCCACGGCGCAGGCCGUCCUGGAAGGGGGCGCGGUGCAGCUGAGCUGCCACGUCAAAGCGUCUGAGAGCCCGUCCAUCCUCUGGGUGCUGCCCGAUGGCUCCCUGCUCAAGGCCCCCGGGGAGGACCCGCGCGGCCGCUUCUCCGCGCUCACCAGCGGCUGGCUGAGGCUCAAGGCGGCCGAGCUGGCGGACUCAGGCGCGUACCGGUGCGUGGCGCAGGUGAGGGAUGAGCUGGACCAGACGGCGUAUCGGGUCCUGGUGCUGCCGGCCGCGCCUCCGCCGCCGGCUGCGCACGCGGUGACCCUGCAGAAGGCUCCGGGGGAGCCGCUGCAGCUGCCUUGCGAUGCCCAGGCCAUCCCCGAAGCCCAGCUCAGCUGGGUGCUUCCCAGCGGUCGCAUAGUGAGCAGCGCGGCCAACGCAUCUCACGCACACUUGAUGGCCGACGGGACAUUGUCCAUCCCGCAGCUGCAGGCCAGCGAUGCCGGCUACUACAGGUGCGUGGCCGUCAACCAGCAAGGCGCAGACCACUUCAGCGUGGGCAUUGCUGUGGCGCGGGAAGGACCCAGCGGGGCGCCGAAAAGGGGCAGGGUCCGAGCGGGCGGGAAGGCCCGGUCCAGGGGGAGAGUGGACGUGGUGGAGGACGAGGGGGGCUCGGGCCUCGGCGAGCAAGACGGCCCGGCAAGGCACGCCCUCCACCCGAAGGACCAAGAGCUGUUUAUCCAGACCAGCGAGGACACCCCUGGGCCAGGGAGGAUCCCCAAGAAAGGGCGGAGGAAGCUGAAGCUCUGGAAGAAUCCGGAGAAGGAGCCGGAGACCACCGUGGCCGAGGGUCGCAGAGUGUUCGAAUCCAGACGGAGGGUCCACGUGGCCAGCAAGCAGAUCAACCCCGAGCAAUGGGCCAACAUCUUAGCCCGAGUGCGAGGGAAGAGUCCCGCAAAGGGAGCAGAGGCACCCCAGGGUGCCGGCACCACCCCCGCCCCACCGGGGACCCUGGAAGCAACACCCCCCCUGCCUGCCCUCCCGCCCCCCUCAGUGGUGCCCGAGCCAAGCAGCAUCGCAGCCGAAGAAUCCUCUGCUGAUGUGGCUCUGGGGGGCGAGGAAGACGAGGUGUCCAGCACCAUCUUGGCGACCCAGAUGGAAGCAGAGUCUGGGCACGAGGGGGUCUUUCUGGCGGAGCCCACGUUGGCAGGCACAGAUCUGGAGGAGUUUACAGAUCCUGAGGCUUCCGAGCAGACGGAGGUUGCUGCUACCAGGGACAGUGGCUUGGGGGACACUACCGGCUUCCCACAGCUGCCCCUGACAGAGGAGUCCACUCCACACGGCCUGGACACCCUCUACGAAGAGCCCACCGGGGAACACAGAGACACGGGGAGCUGGACGUCCAUAGACGUGGAGUCUGGCCCACAGCCCACGGCCACCGGCGAUGAGUCUCCAUUGCACGCCGGCUCCUUGGCCGAGGCCGAGGCUGAGGUACUCAGGCACCAGGACUUGGAGACCACAUCUCACGCCGAGGAAGAUGACAUGGACGGGCUGACCGCCACACGCAUGCUCCCGACCCCCACCUGGCAGGACACUGGCCCCUGGACAGCUGGGCCUUUAGAAGACCCCGCAUGGGCGGAGGAAGAUGCUGCAGCACCAGCACCCCCCACAGGACUCCCAGACCACAGCCAGGUGGUGGCGGGCUCUGUGCUGUCUCACAGCGUCCCUCUGAGUCUGGAGGACACACAGGAGGGUUCCCGCGCCCCCCAGAAUGAACACACACUAGAGGAAGGCCCCACAGAGUCCACAAGUCCUGAAAAUGAGAGGCAGUGGGGGCUGCCCACCGCCCUGCUGGACCCCACGCUGCCCGCCUCCGACAGCACGUCCCCCUUCAAGCAGCCCGGGGAAGCCACCGCCGCCACUCCAGGUGACCAGGAAGCCACCACCGUCACCGCGAUGACGUCAACUCGAGCAGCCACUUCAGCAUCGGUGCUGACCACGCACCCUUCUCCGAAGAGGCCCCACGGGAGGAGACGGCAGCGCCCUUUCAUGUUGCGGCACCGGCACCGGCACAGGCCAGCCCCGCCGGCCACUUCGGCCCCGCCAGAGACAUUCUCCGCUCCAGCACCCGGCGUGGCAAACCCAGAGAGACCGGAGAGUCGCCUGGCGCCUACAGCCUGGGUCGCCAGCACUGCGGGCGUCCCCCAAAAGUUGGAAACAGAGAAGCCCACAGAGCCGGUCACCAAGGGCCCCCCUCGGAGAAAACACAGGAAGAAACCCCAUAAACAGCGGCGCCCGACUUCCACGGUGAGCCCGAGCGCUUCUGUGACCCAGGCCAGCUCUUCCCCCGAGAGGAGACCUAAGACCCCCGGUUCAGGCACUGACCUUGCCCCUCCAACUGCUUCUUUGAGACCUGGGGCACCACGUGAGGGAAACAGCGUGGAGGCCUCGGCAGUGACCCCCACAAAAAUCCACUCAUCCCACGGUCAGUUCCGGGAGUCAAGCUCGGCCACCUCCGGGCCUCCAUCAGGGGGACGGGACAGCGAGGGCUCCAGUGUCACCAACAUCAGUGACCGGGAAAAGGACAGUUUAGUCCCUGGUGAAUCAGCGGUCGAUGCCAUGUCAUCUUCAGACUCCGGGGUGGCCACCGUCGGAGAAUUUAAGGAGCAACCCCCUCCUUCUGGCUUUCCAGGAACCCCAAGCUGGGGCCCCUCAAGGACUGAGCAACCUGGGAGGCUCCAGACAGACACAGCAGCAGUUGCCAGCUCCUCAGAAGACCCCACAGACUCCCCCUUUUUUAGAGGUUCAGAGGAUGUAGGUUUGCCUUCUGAGGUGCCACCUUCUAGUUCAAUGCCCCCACUUUUUCAACAGCGAGAAGCCGUUGCUUCAACUACUGACUUGAGUAUAAGAGCAGAAUCGUCUUCUACUCAGGCAGGGACCACCAGCAGCGACGUGGGUCAUCACAAAGCCACCCCCAUGACUAUCCCUUCUGAAACUGGACCCCACAACCCCAUCCCGACUCCACUGGAAGAACCAACAUCCCCAGCCCCGACUCCUGUGUCUCUGGCCCCGACCGUGCAGGAGCCCGUGCCUCUUCCUUCAAAAACAUCGUCCCCAUCGGAAGAUUCCCAGGACAACGUGGUCUUGAAUUCCGUGGGGAUCCCAGAAACCAAAACAUCUCCAGUGCUUCCUGGGGGAACUUGGCAUAUCCAGAGGCCAGAUGAAUCGUCCACCUCCUCGUCCAAACAGGGUGAAGUUCACUUAACCCCCAAGCAGGAGUUAGGGCAGGAAACCCCUGGGGGCAGAACCCCAAACAGUCUUCCAUUCCCCCCAGGUGGUCACCACCAGGAGAGACCAGUCCAAGUUUUCCACCAUCCAGCCAGAAUCCCCGCCAGACCCACCCCGCCAAGAGGGACAGCGAGGCCACCGCCCGUGACCACACAAGGCUCCUUUAGAUACUUUGUCACUUUCCAGCCCCCUCGUCACGUGACCAACAAGCCCGGAAUCACCGCCUACCCCUCUCGGGUGUUGCCAGAGAAUAAUAAGCACGUCACCGCCCCCAAACUGCCAAGCACAGGUCCUGUUGUCCCGGCGCGGGGGUCCCGGCCUGGAGAAUUGACGGACCGAGGAGCAGACUGGCUCAAUGGCAACUCCAAGGUGUUUGGAAGUAACAGCAUCCCCGAUCUGAGGGACCCUGUGGUCCAGCUGCCCAGUUCAAGGGUCCCUCACGGUUCCGGUGGGCGAGUCCCAUUCUUUUUCAACAGGAGCCUCUCCUUCCCACAGUUGGGGGUCACUUCGAAACCCCGGACCCCUAACCCUCCCUCCCUGGUGUUGAGAAAAGUCACACCAGGUCCCUACCAGAGGGGACAUACUCAGGGCAUCAUCCACGUGGACUUUGGUCCCCCAGCACCUCCCAUACUACACGCACCCCAGACCACGGCCGCACCUUCAACUCACUUCCCAAGUGGCCCUCUGUUCUCCACCCGGAGCUCUGUCCCCUUCGUGACGUCUUCCAGCCAGUCCUCCAGAAAUGGCCAUCAGAGCAGCGCCAAGUUCUGGCCUCUUGGGGAGAAGCCCCGGAUUAUCACCAAGUCCCCUCAGACCGUGACUGUCCCUGCAGACACAGACAUCGUGUUGCCGUGCGAGGCCACGGGGACGCCCAAGCCUUUCGUUACCUGGACAAAGGUGUCCACAGGCGCGCUGCUGGCCCCCAACACCCGGCUGCAGCGCUUCGAGGUCCUCAAGAACGGCACGCUGGUCAUCCGCCGGGCGCAGGCGCAGGACCGCGGCCAGUACCAGUGCACGGCGCAGAACCUGCACGGCGCGGACCGCAUGCUGGUGCGGCUCUCGGUGGCGCUGCAGCAGCCGCAGAUCCUGGCCUCGCAGCACCAGGACGUGACGGUCUACCUGGGGGACACCAUCGCCAUGGAGUGCCUGGCGCAGGGCACGCCGGCCCCGCAGAUCUCCUGGAUCUUCCCCGACGGCACCGUGUGGCGCAGCGUGUCCCCCGCCGGGGGCCGCGUGACGCUGCACCAGAACCGCACGCUGUCCAUCCGGGACGCGGGCUUCGCCGACCGCGGCGCGUACCGGUGCGUGGCCAGCAACGCGGCGGGCGCCGACAGCCUCGCCAUCCGCCUGCACGUGGCCGCGCUGCCGCCGCUCAUCCAGCAGGAGAAGCUGGAGAACAUCUCGCUGCCGCCGGGGCUCAGCGUCCACAUCCACUGCUCCGCGCAGGCGGCGCCCCCGCCCAGCGUGCGCUGGGUGCUGGCCGACGGCACCCACAUCCGCCCGUCCCAGUUCCUGCGCGGCAGCACCUUCGUCUUCCCCAACGGGACGCUCUACAUGCGCCACCUGGCCCCCAAGGACAGCGGGCGCUACGAGUGCGUGGCCGCCAACCUGGUGGGCUCCGCGCGCCGGACGGUGCACCUGAGCGUGCAGCGCGCGGCCGCCAACGCGCGCAUCACCGGCUCGUCCCCGCAGCGCACCGAUGUGCGCUACGGGGGCACCCUCAGGCUGGACUGCAGCGCCUCGGGGGACCCCUGGCCGCGCAUCCUGUGGAGACUGCCUUCCAAGCGCAUGAUCGACUCGCUCUUCAGCUUUGACCCCCGGGUCAAGGUCUUCACCAACGGGACGCUGCUGGUGAGGUCGGUCACCGAGAAGGACGCUGGCGACUACCUGUGCGUGGCCCGCAACAAGGUGGGCGACGACUUCGUGCUGCUGCAGGUCAACGUGGUCAUGAAGGCCGCCAAGAUCGAGCACAAGGAGGAGAACGACCACCGCGUCUUCUUCGGGGGCGACCUGAAGGUGGACUGCGUGGCCAGCGGGCUGCCCAACCCCGAGAUCUCCUGGGGCCUGCCGGACGGCAGCCUGGUCAACCCCUUCAUGCAGGCGGACGACAGCGGCGGGCGCGCCAAGCGCUACGUGGUCUUCAACAACGGGACGCUCUUCUUCAACGACGUGGGCCCCCGGGAGCAGGGCGACUACACCUGCUUCGCGCAGAACCAGGUGGGCAAGGACGAGAUGCGGGUGCGCGUCAAGGUGGUGGCCGAGCCGGCCGCCAUCCGCAACAAGACGCCCGCGGUGCUGCAGGUGCCCUACGGUGGCGUGGCCUCUGUGGCCUGCGAGGCCAAGGGGGAGCCCCCGCCCCGCGUCACGUGGCUGUCCCCCAGCCUGCGGCCCAUCCCCGCGUCCUCCGACAAGUACCGGGUCUUCCCCGACGGCCGGCUGCUCAUCCAGAAGGCGCAGCGCGCCGACAGCGGCAACUACACCUGCGUGGCGAGGAACAGCGCCGGCGAGGACCGCCACACCGUGUGGGUCCAGGUCAGCGUCCGGCCGCCGCGCAUCAACGGGCACCCGGACGCGGUGACCACGGUGAGGGAGAUCGCGGCCAGGGGCGGCCGGACGCUGCUGGACUGUCGCGCCGAGGGCGUCCCGGCGCCGCGGGUGCUCUGGGCGUUGCCCGAGGGCGUGGUGCUGCCCGCGCCCUACCGCGGCCACCGCGUGAGCAUCCACGCCAACGGCACGCUGGACAUCCGCGGCCUGCGCGCCAGCGACUCGGGGCAGCUGGCCUGCAUCGCGCGCAACGAGGGCGGCGAGGCGCGGCUGCUGGUGCAGCUGACCGUGCUGGAGCCGCUGGAGAGGCCGCGUUUCCACGACCCCCUCAGCGAGAAGAUCACGGCCACGGCCGGCCACACCAUCAGCCUCAACUGCUCGGCGGCCGGCGCGCCCGCGCCCAGCCUGCGCUGGGUGCUGCCCAACGGCACGGAGCUGCCCAGCGGCCAGCGGCUGCAGCGGCUGUACCACAAGGCCGACGGCCGGCUGCACAUCAGCGGCCUGGCCGCGGGGGACGCGGGCACCUACCGCUGCGUGGCGCGCAACUCGGCCGGCCGCGCCGAGAGGCUGGUGUCGCUGCGGGUGGACGCGGAGCUGACACCCGACAGGAGCCGGCAGUACCGCAACCUGGUGAGCAUCGUGGCCGGGGAGACCCUGCGCCUGCACUGCCGGCCGCCGCGUGGCGGCCGCACACGCAUCUCCUGGACGCUGCCCGGGGGGCUGGUGCUGGACGGCGCGCAGGCACGCGGCCGCGUCUCCCUGGCCGACAACGGCACGCUGACCGUGCGCGAGGCCUCGGUGUUCGACAGGGGCACCUACGCGUGCCGCGCAGACACCGACGCCGGCCCCGCGCUGGUCACCAUCCCGGUCAUCGUCAUCGCCUACCCGCCGCGCAUCACCAGCGAGCCCACGCCGGUCAUCUACGCCCGGCCUGGCCACUCCGUGAAGAUGAACUGCACGGCCAUGGCCAUCCCCGCGGCCCAGCUCAGCUGGGAGCUGCCCGACAGGGCGCAGCUGGCCGUGGGCGAGCAGGCGCGUGUGUACGGGAACAAGUUCCUGCACCCGCAGGGCUCGCUGAGCGUCCAGCACAUCUCGGCGCGCGACGCCGGCUUCUACAGGUGCGUGGCCAAGAACAUCCUGGGCACCGACUCAAAGACCACCUACCUGCACGUCUACUGACCUCGCGCAGCGGGGCUCAGCCGAGAAGUCGGAGCAAGGCUUCCCUUGUGGGCGCGAGGCAGGCGGAGACAGCAGCGCGCCGGAAGAUUCGGCACCACCCGAGGGCCCCCGGGUGUAGAUCACGAGGUCCCCUGGCUGCUGGGCACCUGACCACUGCUUGCGGGCCAGGGGACGCCACACAGCCCAGGGGCCAGGUGUGGGAACUCGCUUUCAGGUUGCCAGGAUCUGGCCUUCUCGCUUCUGCAAACACGGUGCCAAGUCGGGACGCAAACCCCACCGGGAGGCCACGGGACGCCCAGGGCGGCCGUCACCGAGGAGACACCCUGGAGGUGGACACGCACUGCCCGGCCACCCCAGCGCAAUGCAUCCCCCAUCCCUGGCUCCCCCAUCACCGCUGCCCCCGCUGCUGGUCUCACACCCCAGAAUGUGCUAGAACGAGUUAUUUCCUCUGUCGCUUCUCCGGUCCGGUCUGCCCCAGGAAGGACUUUUUUUUUUUUAAUGUGCAAGUGUCGUCCGCCGUGGACAAACGGACUCUCUGUCCCGGGAAGUCGCUUUUUUACAUAAUGUUUUAUAAAUAUAUAUAUUUUUAUCUUCCCCGUCGGACGAUGAGGCUGGAAACGAAUGUUUUCUGCCUCGUGACAAAGAAUAAAUUAUUGGUCUUUACGGACUCGGAGACGUGGCCGCGGGCGUGGACAUGUCCCUCCCCGCGCAUCGGAUUCCAUAACCACUAGGUCCCGGCCCCGCCGCCGCUGGGGGAGGCUGCGUUGCCCCGUCGGCGGCGGCGGCGUUUAUCUUGCAAGCAGAGGGGGAGGGAGAUGACAAGGGAUGGACCCCACAGAAGGAACCCCGAGUCUCCCCGAAGAGUCCGCAACCUCCUGCGUGGCCCCUUCCCCGUCUGUGCCCACGGCCAGCGGGCACUUGUGAUUUCCAGGCCUGCUUUACUGUAUUUUUAAGGUCAAUUAAAUGUACAUUUGACAAUAAAGUCAUAUUUUCCA